UUGUUUGAUGACGUCAUAGAUGGGUGUAUCUCCAUUACAAUGGCAGCAAAAGACUAUAAACCAGUGGAGAGGAGUUGGCAUUCUACAGUAAGAGUAGGAGACUACUUAUAUAUGUGGGGUGGGCUCCAGUCUGAUCUCCCUGAAGUACACAAUAAUGAUAAGAAGAAAGCACUGUCAUCAUUAAUGGAGGUAUACCAUUUACCUACUGGUAGAUGGGAGCAGAAACCCACCACUGGUAAUCCUCCACUGGGUAUCUGUACCUAUGCAUCUGCUACCAUUGCAAAUGAGAUAUUUUAUUUUGGUGGAAGGUGUAAUCAUGAUAACUGUUACCAUAAUAGCCUGUACAGUUUUAAUGUUGAUACAUUCACCUGGAGGGAACUCUCACCUACUACUCCUCAUCAUGGCCCAAUGAUGAAAGCCCACUGCAGCAUGGUAGCAUUUCAAGUGAACGGUGAGGACUAUCUUGCAGUAAUUGGAGGACAUGGACCAUCUUCUAACAAUACACCCACACAACCUAAUGCUCAGUAUGACAGCAAAGGAAUGGUACCUGGUUUUAAACGAACUAAUGAGAUUCAUUAUUAUAAACUAUCAUCUGGUAAAUGGAGUUCACCUAAUGUUACUGGAGACAGACCACCUCCUAUCAGUUCCUUUACUUUAACAUCAAUUACUAAUGACUGUGCCAUAUUGUUUGGUGGGUCUACUCCUAAUGGAACCAGUAACAAUGCUUAUAUUGUUAAUUUUAGCCACACAUCAGUAAAUUUUUCCGAACUUGGUGAAGUAUCAAAGCAAAAACCUGAGGAACAAUGGGGUCAUUCCAGU